UGCAUCAGGCCAUUCAGUUCGGUGAAUGGGAAUGUGUCACAAAUAAGGUUACUUACAGGAUAUACCAGCUUAUUCUUAUUUCUAGUGUUGUUUGUAUUGGAUUAACGGAUAUCUUACGAAUCAUGAUCAUGUCGUUACAAUGAAGGUUGAUGCUAAUUGAAAGUAAUUUAAUUACAAGUCCAAUGCCGGAAUUUUGUAAUUCAGUGAAGGAUGUAACACCAACUUCAGGUAUAAUAUGGCUGUCAGUUGAAGAAGGUCAGUAGACGUUAAUUCGGCGUUCUUUCUAAAAGUGGUAUUCUAAAAGGAUUUACUGAUAAUAUUCAGCAUCUGACGGGAUCUUCCAUAAAGGAUCAGAACGGGUGAGGACAGCUAAAAUCAAGGGACAUGGGGAACGGUGCAUCAGCGGAAUCCCCGACUACGGUACAGGUGAAGGCUGCUCCCGAGAGCUCCCGAUCCGCACCAUCCUCGGACCAGGCCUCUUCAUCAAAGUCAUCAAAGUCACCUAGUCAUUCUAAAAAUAUUUCCACUAAGGCACAAGCUAAGCAGAGGGGUACACGGUCGGAAUCUUCUACCCCUCGUAAAGGAAAAUUUGAAGAGGUAGAAAUUCGUAAAAAUGGCGCUCCGUCACGUCCAUCACAAAGAGGUCAAGGACAUUCUGGGGCCAGUUCUGUUGCAGCCAAGCAGGGCAAGAAUUCCUCCACUCCUGGGGGCCAAACCCUGGAGAACGCAUCGGGUCAGGAAGACAUCGUGUUUGAGACGUUUUACCAUCGUAGUGGGAAGGAAAUACAGUGUAUGUACCUCGGUAACAUCCGAUACUACCUCGACGACUGGGGAUCCAAGGAAUGGCAGGCUUUCCCGAAGCGCUGGUACAAUGAAGGGCUUCUCGUCACUAACACAGUUCUCAAGGAUGAGCAAGCUGCUGCUCAGGCCAGUCAGGCAGCACAACAAAGUCGAGGGGCAGCUUCUGGUUCCGGGGCAGGGGCAUCCGGAUCAGGUGAGGCAGCCGCAUCUCAACAAGGGGCUCCACGAUCGCGAAGGAGUGGGGACGACAGAGAGGGGAUUCUCAAACAUCCAACAAAGGGGAAGAUACCCACGUAUAUAUAUCAGCGGAAACACAAUGUACACUUCUUCUAUGACCAAGACCAGGGCCAAUGGUCAAGAAUGCCCAUUGGCUGGGAGCUUCAUCAUGAGAUGGUUGGGCGACUGGUCAAUCAAGUCGAGGAAAUGUUGCCGUCAUGGGGUGACCGUGGCGACAUCCUGGCACUUCUGAGGCAGUGUAAUUACGACAUCGAUGAAUGUAUCUCUACAUAUCUGGCACUGGAGGGAGAUCCUUGGCUAAAAGUAGCAAAAACAUCAAAGGAAGUUAAAGGUAGUGAAGAAAAGGAUGAAAAGAUUGUGGCACUAGAAAAGAAAGUUAAGGAAUUGCAAAACGAACUUAAUAAAGAACGCAAAGAACGACAGGAUGCAGAAAAGAUUGUAAAAGACCAACAGGAGAAGCUGACUGAUCUAGAGGUGAACUACAAACAGGCUGAAGCUCAGUUGUCUUCUAUGGCCUCGACACGCCCAAAAUCCAGCAUGCGUCCAAAAACACCACAGGUUGUUACAACUGUUGUGAAGGAGGAAACAGUGAACCCUGAUGAUAUCGAGGAGCUGAACGACACAGCGAAGACUGUGAGGAAAGCACAUGUACAGCUUAAGAUGGAGGUUCAGCGGAACUUUGAGAGCCUCGGAGGAAUGAUGGCCCAGGCAUUGAAGCAUGUGAAGAUGCUGAAGAAUUCUGGUCAAGGCCAGGUGGAAGAACUAGAGGAAGUGCGAGCUCUCUACAGAAAGGAGGCUUUGCAGCGACGACUCCUCUAUAACCAGCUUCAAGAACUUCGGGGCAACAUCCGAGUAUUCUGUAGGGCGAGGAAGGAUGACCGUGUUGAUAACUGCCUCAAAUUCCCUUCUGAUCAGGACAUCGUCGCCAUACACCCUCAGCAGGGCAAGAAGAUGUUCACCUUCGACCGUGUGUUUGGUAUUGACACAACUCAAGAACAGGUAUUUGCAGACACCAAACCAAUCAUAUCGUCGUGUGUGGAUGGUUACAACGUUUGCCUGAUGGCCUACGGUCAAACGGGAUCUGGAAAAACUUUCACCAUGAUGGGCCCGGAAAACAACCCUGGUAUCAACAACAGGGCAAUUAAGGAGCUGUUCCAAGUGUGUCUGGAUAGGAAGGAAACACAGACAUAUAAAAUGGUGGUUGGGCUGAUUGAAAUCUAUAACGAGACUGUGGUGGACCUUCUCUCCGACGAUGCUAAAGUGAUCGACUUAAAAACUGUGGGGAACAAAGUCAACCUCCCAGGCUUGAUCGAAAUUGAGAUCAAAUCUCCAGACAGCAUCAAAAGUGUCAUGAAGAAGGGCGACAAGAACAGAUCGGUGGCAUCAACGAAAAUGAAUUCCACAAGUUCCCGAUCACAUCUUCUUCUACUUUUGAGAGUUGAAGGUCAUGACAAGGUCACAGGAUCAGUGACCAGGGGCACACUGACCUUGUGUGAUUUGGCCGGGUCAGAAAGGAUAUCAAAGACUGAGGCAGAGGGCCAACGUCUUGUAGAGGCAGCCGCAAUCAACAAAUCUCUGUCAGCUCUCGGACAGGUUUUCCAAGCCUUACGGACCAGCCAGCUACACAUCCCUUAUAGGAACUCCAAACUUACACAGAUCUUGCAGCCCUCCUUGGGCGGCGAUGCAAAGGCGUGUCUGUUUGUGAAUGUGAGUCCUGACGCGAAUAACUCCAGCGAAACCGUCAGUACUUUGACAUUUGGUGCCAAUGCUAAACAAGUGGCUCUCGGUCAGGCGAAGCAGAACAUCAAGAAAGGGCUGGGAUCUUGAUGAUGAGCAACAGUGCUAGACAAUCUUCUGCUAACACUGACGUAACAAAGGACUCUAACUGUUCCUGUUCUCGAUGACCACUCCAUCCUCAAUCUUCAAUCCCACCAUUGAAGAAGUCGGGAUAUCAACUGUCUAUAAUCCAUUUGUUUACAGAGCAGCUGCCCUUAUGUAAAUGUUUUAAAAUCAAGGUUUAUAUAAAAGCAAUCAUUGUAAAAUAAGGCCAAGGCCUUGGAGUUGAGGAGGGGACAAUGUGAAUAUAAGUAGUUUAUUUCCAGGUCAGUACAGAAUCGUAUUUGACCUAAUGUGAUUGCCUUUUGUCCGUCAUCGUGAGUCGUCUAUUGUGCAUCUGUAAAUUAUUGACAUUCUCAACUUCUACUAAAAAGUGACGAAUUGAUUUUGAUAACAUUUAGCAGGAACCUUCCAUAGCCAAAAGUGUGGAAUCAGAAGAUCCAUGCCCUUCAGGGCUCUUGGGUAGGGUCUUCAGACACAAAUAUAUGCUGGAAUAAAAUAAAUUUUAUGGAUUUGUCCUUUAUGGAAAUUUGUGGAAUUUCAGAACUCCCCGACUUUAAAUUCCCUUCACCCACAAGAGGUCAAAUAUGUCAACUAUCUAUAAGAAUCUUCUGUCCAAAGUUCCAGGAGACUGGGAGUCCUCAUAAGAAUCUUCUGUCCAAAGUUCCAGAAGACUAAAAGUCCUCAUAAGAAUCUUCUGUCCAAAGUUUCUGAAGACUUGGAUUCCUGAUAAGAAUCUUCUGUCCAAAGUUCCAGAAGACUGGUAGUCCUCAUAAGAAUCUUCUGUCCAAAGUUCCAGAAGACUAAAAGUCCUCAUAAGAAUCUUCUGUCCAAAUUUACCUUAGGAUGGAUCACCAGAGUUUCCUCAUUUAAACUUUAAAGAAUUUUCUCAAGGUCCAGAAGACAUCCCAU